GCCAUGGCCGCGAUCCCAGCGGGGAACGUUCCUGACCCUGAAGAAGAGAUGGAGGAGGAGUUGGAAGAUCUGCCUGAGACCGAGAAGGAGGUGGACCCCCUUCGACAUGCAAGGAUCCGGCGCGAGGUGAAUGGAAAGGCAUUCACAGGUUACGUGGAGGACAUUGAGCAGGGCAAGGUCACUCACGAAAGACUUUACCGAAUAAAGUAUGAGGAUGGUGACCUUGAGCCCGUGCUGACAUUGCUGACGUGCAAGCUAGCAGGCUGCAAGGAGCACUUGACACCGGAGCAGGUGAAAGAAAUGAGGAUCGAAGACGAUGACGAGGACGGCGAUCUUGAAGAAGAGGAUGCAGAAGACGAGGAACCGUCGAAGGCAUCGGGAUCUCCGAAAGCCAAGGCGAAGGCCAAAGCAAAGGCCAAAGCUAAGGCCACCCCCAAGGCCAAGGCAAAAGCCAAAGCAAAAGCUAAGGCCAAGGCAGCGCCAAAGGCAACCGCCAAGGCCAAGGCAAAGGCGAAAGCCAAGGCGAAGGCCAAAGCCAAGGCCGCUCCAAAGGCUAAGGCGAAAGCCAAGGCACAGUGCCCGCCUUCCUUGCACGGCCUUCACACCCCAGGGCAAGGACGGCCUUCCGAAGCCAAUGGCUGGAGCCGCGAGCACGCGGCGAUGGCCCCUGGCGGCUGGGGGGCUCAGCAAAGCGAGGAGAUCUUGGAAGAGGAGAACGUCCGUUUGUCCGAUGACCUGCGGCACAGGAGUUUGGAACUCGAGCGGCUGGGUCGAGAGGCUGAUGGAUUGCGGGAGCAGAUCCGAGAGGAGCAGCAGCGGAGGCAGAGCCGGGUCGCCGACCUCACAGAGCAAGUGAUCACAGUCCAGGGUCAGAACAAGCUGCUGCAGGCUCAACUCUCACAGCUCCAGCUUCGAAGCUCCUCGAGUGCGGCAGAUGCCACGGGGCUGAAACGGGAAGUCGUCGCCAAGACCAUGGAGCUGGAGAAGUUGGUCCGUGAGUUUCAGCAGGUCCACGCUGAUCUCUUCUCACGUGCUCAGUCCCUAUCAGACAGCAUGCUGCGCCUUUCCGACUCCUCCAACGCUCCUAAAUCCAAUGGCCCCAAACAGUCGGACGCGGGGAGUCCACUGCGGAAUUUGCUGAGUGCUGAUUCAGCGCCGCAGAGGGCGGAGCAAUCCCAGUUUGCCUCGCUAGGGCCCCUUGAUGACGAGACGCGACACGCCUUAAAAACACGACUUCAAUCUCUUGGAGAUGUGGUCGUUUUUGCGAGUGACAAGUUUGAUGCUUGCUGCGCAUCUGGACACAGCAUACCUCCUGGUGCGAUGCGUGUCAGGUACGGGCAUCUCUGGGUCGUUGAGCAGGACAUCAUCCGGACACAGGGACCGGCCGAGAUUCUGGCGGGCUGCACACGUCGGAUCCUGGUCAUAUGCCAGGACCCUUACCGAUACACUGAGACUUUGCAGCACGCAUCUCAAUGCUCCCAUGCUUUGCUUCCGACACGGGCCAUGGGCCAUGCGAAAGCAAAAGCUGGAGCAAACGGAACCCUUGAAAACGGAGCUCCUCGAGGCCGAAAGCGUUCGGGUCCGCGGUUGUGGGUGUUGCCUCUGUGGCUGACGACUGUGGUGGUACUGACUUUGCUCACCUUCAGGCGAUUCCUCCCAGGCAAGGAAGGAGGAGUACGAAAGCCGCGCUCGGACAUCAGGCCGAAAGAAAGUGUUGAGCUCCUUUACAAGCUGGGACAUUGGCAUCGUCGUCGACACGAGGAUGUGGAAGCGCUGGUUUCUUUUCACUGGGCCAAAGAGGUGCUCCAACACCAGAUUGGAUCGCUCCAUUCUUUGGUUGCGGUGGAAAUCCUUGCCGACAUAGCGGAGACCAUGGACUCGCAAAACAGCCUCUGGGCCAUGGGCGAGAAGUUGGCCGUGUACGAGGAGUGCCUCUCCAUCAUCGAGUCGUUUGACUCUGGAGAGGUCGACCGGCUACUUAGCCGGGUCUCGGAAUUCACCGAACCUCUGAAGAACAUGGGCUUGGGUGCCAUCUCCAUGAACGAUGCAGAGUUGGAGCUCAAGAUUUGGGAGGUUUCCUUGCGGUUUUGCCUGGCUACCUCGUGCACAGAUAGCGUCCGUCACGGAGAGCUUCUCAUCAGAGUUGGUGUCGCUCUUUCUAAGCAAGCCGAGCAGGACUCAGAGCUAAUCAUGCAGUACUACGAGAAGGCAGAGCAGAUUCUCGUUAAAUUGCAACGGCAGAACUCGCACUGGUAUGCGAUUCUUGUGCACAAUAUGGGAGUGGUCUUUGGGCAGCAAGGGGACAGAAAUCGUGAGCUUGCGAGCUAUGAGAAGGCAGUGGCCACUUACCGUGGUCUGAAGAUGACCCACACAGAGACCUUCACGAGCAUAUUGUACGAGCUGGCUUCCAGCAGAACAGACUUCGGGGACAAAGAGGGCGGCCGUGAAGCUUUCCUGGAGGCUGAACGCGUCUUUGUUCAAAACCCGAAGCUGCAAUCCAGAAUGCGCUCGCAUUAUGUCGGUCAAUAUGGCGUCAGUCGUCGUGCAGCCGGUGAUCUGGCCGGAGCCAUUCACGCCUUCGAAAUAGCUCUGCAGGUUCAUGACAAAGCUCAAACAUUGCGUACAGAGAGCGGGCGCUCCGCGAAGCGAAGCCUCAAGGAAGCAGAGGAUGUCGUGGCCUCUCUGCCCAAAGAAGACAGAAGGCAAAUUACGAGGCGCAUCGAGGUGCUUCGAUGGCCGAGUGAACCAGAAACAGCUGAGGAGCUUGAGGCGGGGGUCUACCUGCAGCGCGCUGGAAGGCCGGCCGGUCGCCUCAUCCGCCUCGGUGGAACCUUGCCGCUGAAGAGUGCCGUCGAGCGAGCAUCCUUGCAGGGCUUGCAGCUGCUGGCCGCCAGACUGAACCAGUCUACUCCCUGGAAUGGCCCCACCAACCUGCCCCUGAAGCUCCACAUACAGGUCGAGGACGAUCAUGGCGACCCUGGCAAGGCUGCCGAGAUCUAUGCCCGAAUGCUGCGGAACAGGGAGGUCGACUUCCUCUUCGGACUGCACUCCUCGGAGUUGUUCAAGGUUGCAGUUGAUGCCGGCAACUCUGCGAAUGUGCUGACGCUGAUCAGCGGCGGUCCGCACCUCUUGGGCCCAGCCAUCAGGCCCCAGCUGUACAGCCCCUGGACUUUUUCACCGGAUGUUCAGGUUCAGGACCAGAUGGCAGGAGUUCUCGAGCUUGUGCAACAUCAAGUGCCUCCUGUGAGUUCUGUGGCCAUGGUAUGGGAUGGUGGGAGUGCCUUCGACAAAGAGAUGUGCACAGGGGCAAGCUCCCAUGCACAGCGCUUGGGCAUGGAGGUUCUGGACAACAUGAGCGUCGCAGAGCAGGCCAUCAUGCCACAAAUGCGACAGCUGAAGGCUGCAGGUCCCGACUUGCUGAUCGCCUGUGGCAACUUGCGCAGCGCCGAACAAAUUCUCGUUUCUGCCAGCACUUUGGGCUUCAUUCCGCGCGGGAUCGCCCUCACCGCCGUUUCUACGAGGGAAGCGGUGCGCUCCAUCGGGGCGCAUCUCGCGAAUUACGUCUUGAGCCCGCUGAUCUGGGAGCCUGUGCCUUCCCAGAGCUGCCCUGUCUUUGGUUCUGCACGGGACUUCGCGGAUGCCUAUCGAUCUAAGUUCGGGGAGGAGCCACUGCCGGCCAGCGCCGCAGCGGCAGCAGGGGGCAUCGCUCUCUUGGCUGCCGUCAAGACUGCGAGCAGCCUGGAGCAAGCUGCCGUGCGCGAGGCACUGCUGGCGCGAGAGCAGCAGACUUGCUAUGGACGACUGGCCUUUAGUAUGGAUGGUCUCAGGCAGAAUCCGACAACACUGGUGCAACAAGUUCAGCCACUGGGCGAGGACCAACCCAAGAUGGAUCGCUGGACCAGUUCGCAAAUUGUUACGGUCGGUCACGAGCAGCCACUGACUGGAUGGCCUUUGCCAACUUGGGCACAGAAGGAAAUCGACGUGUACCCGUGCAACCCCGGGCAGGCCGUGGUCCUGGACAUCGGUGGCAACGCAACGACAUGUGCGGAGUGCCCGGCCGGACGGUUCCGCACGCCCCGAUCCGUGGAAUGUGAAGAUUGUCAGCCGGGAACGUACGGCAUGCAGCCGGGUAUGAGCCAGUGCGACGUCUGUCCAUCUGGAGCUGCAUGUCCGGGCAACUCCGAGGUGGUCGCCAAACCUGGCUACUAUCAGCUUCCGGCAGCUUCCUUGGAGGGCGCUUUCGUACCGUGCUACCCGUCGCAGCUGUGCAUCGGUGAGAACCAGUGCGUGGAGGCUCACCACGGUAUCUUGUGCCAGAGCUGCGAGUUCGGAUUCUCGAAGCCCCUCUGGGGCCUAAAGCGCGACAAGUGCUCCAAGUGCCCCAGUCAGCGAGUCACCAUCGGAAGCAUCGCGCUGACGAUCAGUGUCUACGUGUUGUACAUCUGGUUGAUUGUGAAGGGAACGAAGUCUGCAUCACAGUCGAUGCGAGCUCUGCCUUCGGUGAUCCUGAAGAUUGGAGUGAACUACAUGCAGUUCGCUGGCACCGCCUUCGAGGCCACGAACUUCAAAGGAAUGGUGUCGGCGGUCUGUGGGGAAGGCUCCGCCAGCUGGAUCUUCCCAGUGGUGGCUUUGCCCGAAAGGCUGCAGUAUCCGCUGACCACUUUGAUGAGCUUGGAUUGCAUACUGCCAGAGGAGAGCGACGUGCGACCUUAUCAGGUCGAAAUCUUGGUGGGCUUGUUCUUGAUGCCGGCAGCCUUCUUCAUCAUGACGAUCUUCGCGUUUGUGCGCAAGGACUGCAUUGGCCAAAGGCUCAUGCCAUGGCUCCGGCGACAGCGAGCUCGGCGUCAUCCAGGAAGCUGCGCACGAGGAGGAGGGUGGCGAGCCAAGCUGUCGCAUCUCUGUCCCGCUCUCUCCAUCCUCGGGUGCAUCGCCAACGCGUCGGGACCCGACCCCCUUGUGCCGUUACCGUGGACUGGCAUAGGAUCAGUGCUUGACAAGCAAGAUGCAGCAGCCUCCUGGCAGGAUGCUCGCACGCCUACGACACUCGCAUUUGACGGCGAAGCGCCGCCUUCCGUCUUUGCGGCCUUUGUUGCCCAAGUCAACAUGGGAUCCAAAAGCGAAGAGUGCGACAUCAAGCUAUUGCAGCAUGUGAUGGGUAUCUCGAUUUCAGCGGAGGCGGUUGAACUCUUCUCCAGAGUUUCAGACAUGGCAGCAGCUGCUUUGGGAAAGCAGUGUGCCGAGAUGAGAUCUGGGAAGAUUGGAGAAUCGGAUCUGGAACUCUUUGAAUCUCCGGGAGCAGCGCUUGGCAUCCGGACUCUGCGGCACACGCUUCCUGGUCAAUUGCUGGGCUUCUACCCGGGAACGGUGAUGGAUGCCUCCGAGCCCAACCUUCCGAAGAGCGACAAGCUCUUUGCAAAUGAGUACAAUGGCGUGUAUCUGGACGGCAAGGGCUGGUUGCCUGCGCAUUGGCGUGACCAUCAUCUACUUCAAGGUCAGUCUCGAGCUAUUUGGCACGCCAACCGGCUGGCUGUUGGGAAUCUGCUGAACCAUCCACCUGCCGACAUCCUUCCAAACUGCAUUCCGAUGGCAUUUCGAUGGCCGACGUGGUCAGAGCUGGGCGAGGAGAACCCCGCUCUCUGGGCACGGCUACUUCCUCAUGUCUUCAUGCGGCAAGGACAAGUCGUGCAAACAGCCAGCGGAAGAAGAGAUGACCAGGGUGCUGUGAAGUUCCCUGCCUGGCCCUACAUGGGCAUGGCCUUCAUCACUGUGUUAGAGGCUCGCUCGGGAGAGGAGCUCUUCUGGAACUACCGCCGCUCGGCUGAUGCCCCGGGCUCCCAGAAGUUCCCGAGUUGGUAUUCGCCGGUGGAUGAAGACGCUCUGGAGUCGGCUGUCUUCGGAUGGAAAAAGAUAUGCGAGGACUAUCCGCUCACGCCGAUGUCUGCGUGUGGUACGCCUUCUCCCGCCUCUCCUUGGCGGCACUGCCGAACGGAGGACUCCGUGGGUGAUCGGCCCCGGGAUGCUGCAACCAAGAUCUUGGUCAACUCUGUGGCCAUGCGCUUCAUCAACUCGGUGAUCGUCAUGAGCUUUAUCCUCCAUCCCGUGGUGGUGAGGAUCCUGGUGGUCGGCUUCGAAUGCGAGGAGCUGGACGUCCUGCGCCACAGGCAUGACCUCGGAGUAGAGUGCAAAUCCACCACCCACAUGCAGUGGCUUUGCUUAAGCACCGUGGGGCUUGUUGUCUACGGAAUCGGCGUGCCGGUUGCACUCUUCAUAGCACUCUUCAGGGUUCGGAAGCGCCUCUUCCAUGCGGAAGUUCGAAAGAGAUUCGGCUUCCUGUACAACGGCUUUGAGCUCAGAUACUAUUACUUCGAAUCAGUGUACAUGUUCAGGAAGGUGAUGAUCCUCCUCUUUUUCACUGCUCCGACAAUGUACGUGCGAAUGGUUCUCAUGCUCUUCACCUCCUUUGGCUUCAUCUUGCUGCACGUCUAUUCCGGCCCCUUUGACAACCGUAGCUACCUCUGCCUUGAUCGGCUCGAGGCCUUGAACCUGCUCGCGCUGACCGUGACGGUGUCGGCACGCCUCAUCUUCGACAUCCGGCAGGAACUUUCAGGCGAGUUCUUCGAGGACUUCGUGAACCAUUGGACCAUGGACAUCCUCCUGGUGGCAGGGCCUCUGUUGGCCCAUGCGGCCUUCAUCUGGUUUGCGCUCUGGUCUCUCUUCAGGAACACCGUUCUCAAACAUCUGCUCCUCAAGGCCGACAUCUGGCCCGAGAAGAUGUCCCGCUUGCAGAAGUGCCUGCUCGGUCUAGAAAUCCACAAGCAGAAGGCGGCUUUUGAUGAAGACGAGCGUGGUUUGUGGAUCGACACUAGCUCCCUUAGCAAGCAGGAGCGGCAUUACAUGUUCGUGGCGAUGUGCGACACGCUACAUCGGUACAUGAACAGCAGCCAACGGGUUCACCCCGGUGAUGUCACGGCAGCUAUUCAAGAAGCCCUUAUUCGGUGCCGCCGGGCACGCCGGAAGCGUGCUGUUCGCCUGGAGCAGCUGGACAGGGAGUUUCGGGAACAACGCCAGCAUGGUCGUCGUGGAUGUUUGUCUCGGCUAAUUCGGUGGCAACGGGUUAUGAAUAUCUCCCUAUACGGUGACCGACAGACAGAGUUGCAAGAGCAAGAACCUGGCUGUGGG